AAAGCAGAGCCAGUAGUCAAGAUGGUGGCCACCAGGAGAGGAGUACGUGCGUGCUCCCCUAGUAAAACAAACCCUGAUAUACCCGCAGAUGUCCAGGUACGUAUAAAAAAGAGGUUUUACACAAAUUAGUAGAUAUUAAGGGGUUAUGUGGAAGUUAAAUCUGUAGUGAUUUAAGCUCACAACGUCAGUGUCUGAGGUUCAAGAAGCUGCUCAAACUUCACGUGGGCACCAUGGGUCCUCUGUCAGUUUGUAAACGAUGAGAUGAUGCCAAAGAAGUGGAGAAUAGACAUCAAUAUAAAUCGAGUCUGCCAAAAAUGCUGUUAAAAAGUUACAUGAGUCUCAUUGUGAAUAUGAAUGUUAUCAGUUUAAAAGAUGUUGCUGCAUCUGAGACCCACGGACAAGUGGAUAAAGUCGAGAUAAUGUGACAAUGCACUGAGAUAUGGUCGAUUUAAAUGUCUUCUCAAGAUUUACUUACUAUUAAUCCUAGAACACUAUCGCUAAAAUUAGAAACACCAUAAGUAACACCCAUCGCCGGGUGAUUUUUACUCGAAAUAAUUUACCCAUGAAAAAGUACUUGUGAUCAAAAUAUAUUUAAAAAGGACAAUACAUGACAAAUUAAAGUAGUUGUCUUUUCUUUUUUUUUUUCCUUUUUUAUAAAGUGCCAUGAGCGGACCAUAUAAAAAUGCAACAAAAUGACUGAAAUUAGGCAUUCAUGAACAAAAAAUUCCUUAAAAAAAUAUGGCAUACUUUGAGUGAGUAAAAUUGACCAGUUGACUAAAAUAUUUCUUAUCACCAUAUGAAUUCCCUUUAAAACCAUUACUUUGUGAUAGUUAUUCAUAACCCUGGCACUAAAUAAAGAUAAUAUGCAAAUUCCAGGACCACUCUAACUGACCUUAUUCUCUACACAUGCAGCUAUCAAAUCCACCCAAACUUACUUUACCCUCUAUCACUAUUUCCGGGUGAAAAUCACCUGUAGGAAAAAGCAGGUUUUGGAUCAGGGAAAAAAAUAUUCCUUCAAAGAUGUCAAAGGAAAUGCUGAAGCAACCCAGAGACCCAUGAUACUCAGACAAACGCAACAUAAUGAAAAUCACGUAAACAUGUUUGGCCGGGUGAAAAUCGCCCAGGGAUAGUGUUCGGUGAUCUUAGAAUAUAGAAUAUUAGUGUAGAGCCACUUUUACUAGUAACUUUUUCUUCUCUCUGCCUCACAGGCCACUCCCUCCACUGGUCGAAGAACAAGGAGGACUGCUAAACAGUCCGAGAGUCCUACCCACAGUGCCCUAAUGGAAACCAGCAGUCAGCUUGAAAAAUGUGAGGGAGAACCCCACGUAUCUCCACCCACAUCUUUGUUAAAGAGAUGCACCAGAGCGUCCAGACUCCACAGUCCAGAGCAGCCGUGCACGCCUGUGGACUCCAUCCAUGAAGCAGAUCAGUCAGAUGUGGACUCCUGCUGUUCCGUGGAGUCUGAGGUGAAAAAGACAAAGACACGUGCACGGAGGAGAAGCAGAGCACCAUGUACAGUGAGUCAAGAAGAUGAGGUUUCUGAAGUGGAGUCAUGCUCCUCUGCAGUAUCUGCACCGAAAGCUGGACAAAGUGUCAGAAGGAGUACAAGGAAGAAGACAAAUCUUACUCAGACUGACCAAGAUCAGGUAAAGGGAAGUGAUGUCAAGGUUGACUCGGUACCAGAGUCCGAGUCCUGCAGUUCUGCGGUGUCUGAAUUCCAGAGAGUCACAAGAAGUCAGAGAAAAGCUUCCUCCAGAUCCUCUGCCAAACAACAAACAGAGGACUCAGAGCUUUCAGAUGUUGAGAGCUGCACAUCCAGCAUCUCUGAAGUCUCAAAGUCCGACACCCGAAGAUCUACACGAUCCAGAAGACGAACAGGUCCCAUCCCCGUUUACUUGGAUGAAGCCUCAGAAAGCUCUCUCUCCCCUGCUCCCACAACUCGAAGAACUCGAGCAGCCAAAGGAAAGGCUGCAGCAGCUGUAGAUGUCAGCGAGCCUCAGUCUUGUGACUCUGAAGGGUUUGAAUCUGGGCCUACGUAUAGUAAUGUAACUCGUAAGAAGUCCAAGCCUGGCCUGAGAAUGGGUGACUCUGACUCUGAGCCGACUGAGGUGCACUCCCCUGUGAGCAGCCCCUGCUCCACACGUGGAAGAGGGACCCCCUGCAGCAGCCGCACCGGAUCAGGGAGCAGCACUCGGGGUUCUCUGUUGUCCAAGUACCCAGUCAAAGAUCUCACUAUAGUUUUGGAAAAAGCUCCUGAGCCUGCUGAGGAGGAAACUCCACUUCAGGAUUCUAUAUUAGACAGUACAGUGAUUGCUGAGGAUGCAGACUGCACAGUCAUAGAGGAGGAUACAGAAGAUAAGAAUGAGGAGGGAGUGUCUGAUCUGAUAUCUGUGGAGGAAGAUGUAGUCGAAGUAGAGAAAGAAGCUAAUGCUGAUGCUGAAGAAGACCCUGUACAGGCAGAGGAAGCUGGCAGCAAAUCUGCAGUGACUGUUGAUCUCCAGCAGGAGGAGCCAUGUGCAGAAAGUAAGCCUGGGGACACCUCAGAGAUGGAAACGAUGCAGGAAACAGAACCACCAUCAUCAGAGCUACUGGAGCCUUCAGUGACAGUGACAUUAUGUGAGAGGACUCCUGAAAUCACAGAGGAGACAGAGGACAAAGACGAAGCAAUGGAAACGGCUGAUGUGGACGCCCACUUGUUACAGACAGAUGAGGUUGUAGAUGAGACUGUUGUUGUGGAAACUGGGCCCAGUGAGGAGGGGGAGAGGGUGGAGGAAAUGGAAGUCAGCACUCUGAACGGGGAUAAUCAGCAGGUGGUUGACUCCAGUGAAGUUGAGUCCACUCAGGCAACAUCCAGCGGGCAGCACGCCAUCACGCCGGAUUCUGUUUCUGUACAACCCAAAGAUGUAACUGUCCAGAAAACUAAAGUAAUCAGCCUGUUAGAGAGCAGCGAGGAGGAGUCCGAAUCUGAUGAAGAGGAGGCGGGGUACGUUUCUGAGGAAGAGGAGGAGGAGGAUUUGGGGUCCAGGACCAAGGAGAGAGCAGGUAAAUCAGUUGAAGGGCUGUUUAUGAUCGACACACGGCCCGGAGAGGAGGCUGAUGAGCACUACUACAAAGAGAGGCAGACUGAGGACGAGGAGAGGGUCGCAACGGGAGAGGGGGACGAGCAAGGGGAGGAGGAGGAGGAUGAGGAGGAGUUUGUGGAUGAGGCAGGGGAUGAAGAUGACGAUGAAGAUGCAAUGAUCCUCUUCUCAAGCAGAAACCCAAACUUGUAAGUAUAUAAUGGGUGGCAGGCUCAGACUGGUUAAUUCACUGGGGAAUACACCUUUCCAUUAUCAACACAAAGAAAGUUCCUGAAGUGCUCACAAUAUGAAGUUAAAGGCUGAAUGUUGAAAAGGAUGUCAGUCUUGAAAAGUGUUCAGACAGAACUUAAUAUACCACCACAUCAUUUGAGUGAUAAUAUGGUUUAAUUUAUCUCCAGUAGUGUUUAGAGUAAAACUCCAUUGAAUGAAAAAUCUGGGUGUUUACAGACAAUUAUUGUUUGUCGGAUCCGCCUGUCUUUUCUCAGGUUUGUUUACAAUAAAGAACUGAGCACGUAUGAAGAACUUGUUAUGAUUAUGUAUAUUAUUGUCAUCACUGUGUGCAGAGGUGAGAGAUGAGACAUUUUUUUGCUCUUCUUGAGGAAUUUUCUCCCGCUCUCACUUGUUCCAGGAAAGAGAUGUCCAGCCGUAUUGACCCCGGCAUUAGAAUGAAGGAGCUCGGGGGUUUAUACAUCAAUUUUGAUGGCAGCAAAUCAAAACCUGUCCCCGGUUCACUGCAAAAACUAAAGGAAAAGAAGACCCAAGAUGAGGUAAAUAAGUGAUAGAUUUUUCCCUUUUGAAAGUGAUCUGUGAAGCAGAAUGAAUCCCAUUUGAUAGUUACGCAAGGACAAAUUAAUCCAGCAACACCUGAGACGCUGAUACUCAUGUUAUUUUAGGCCUUAUGUGGGACGAUGAUCGAGUUCGGUCCUUUGCAGUGAUGCAGUUUUUAUUUUGUUGUCAUCCACAGGUGAUGAAGAAGAGUGUGAUGGGACCAGAGUUUGAAAAGAAAGACGCGGUGCCUCCGUACAGUGAAUCUAAACAAGCCGUAAAGUUGAAACGCAGGGUAAGUUUGACACAGUCACUCUUUGCAUCAUUGAGUUACAGUCUACAAAAGCCUAAUCUCAAGUGAAAUAAGCUUCAGAGUUAAUUCAGACACACAUGAACCAAACCCCAAAAAUACUAACACAAAGUUCUCGCUUUCUGCACUUCAAAGCUUCCAAAAAAUUUCUCACAUGAUUGACACUUGUGUUUCUCAGGCUGAGAGGGAGAAAACAACAGGAGAUGGUUGGUUCAACAUGAAAGCUCCAGAGCUCACUCAGGAACUCAAAGGCGACCUGCAGGUCCUGAAGAUGAGAGGCGCCAUGGAUCCAAAAAGAUUCUACAAGAAGAAUGACCGAGAUGGCUUCCCCAAAUAUUUCCAGGUCACUUCUCAAUUUACAGGCCUCAUUUUUAAAACUGUUCAAACUACAUCUUAAGGAACAUGAACACGUUGUUUUCACGCUGAAAUGGUUUAAAGUGAGACUUUUCCUCAUCCAAGGAAAUGAUGCUCAUGUUUCUGUGUGUUUACUUUCGCUACAGAUCGGUACAGUGGUAGACAACCCAGUCGACUUCUAUCAUUCCCGUAUUCCCAAGAAGGAGAGGAAGAGAACAAUGGUGGAGGAGCUGAUGGCUGACGCUGAGUUCAGGCAGUAAGCAGAAACAAAAACGCACAUAGACACAUUGAUAAAGACACACCCCAUUAGCAAUUGUUGUUUUAAUAUAUCACAUCUUUGACAUGGUGUCCAGUGAAAAAUACACAGACUGAGUCACAUUGGUAAAGACUAUUUAAAGCAGGCUCACAUCUUGUGUUUUUACACUGUUGUUGAGUAAGUAUAGGACAGUAAUACUUAAGUAAACAUCACUUUAGUAAUACUGAUGAAGUGAUUGGCACAUUAGAUCCCAUUAUACAAGGAUUAAACUUCAAAAAUGAUUAUUAAACUAUCUAGAAAACAUAAUAAAGCAGAAUUCAGGCCACCUGCCAUCAUUACAGACACACUUUUACAUGGAGAAUACUUCAAACAAGUUACAGUGCUUUAAUGAGAUAUUCAAGUUCUCUACUGUCAGGUGUCACAGUUUCAUUUUCAGUCCUUAUGCACUCAAGAUAAGCAGAUAGAAGAAAUGUUCAGUGACCUGCCUCAGUGGUAGAGAAGGAACCGACUGAAAUAUCUUACCAAGUCCAAUUACAGCCUUCAAUAUUCAGCUUGUAACAGUGAUGAACUUUUUGUGUGACAAGAGGCUAAAUGUUUUUCAUCAGGUUGGAUUAAAUGUUACAAUUAAACACAACAUCAAUGUUAGGUGUGUAAAUGUACUCAGAACUCAACAGGUUGAUUUCAGACACAUGGCAUAAUGCAGUCUUUAAGUUUUACAAGGGUCCUCUGACAAAGUAAAAAUACUUUAAAUAUGCUAAGUACUACAGAGUGAAAUAGUGCAGUUUAAAAUCUUAGUCUGAAUUGAAUGCAGAUUUUUAAAUACACUCUCUUCUCUCACCAGCAACAACAAAAAGAAGUACCAGAACAUCAUGGCAGAGAAAGCAGCACAAGGAGCCGGCAAAAGAUUCAAGAAGAGUAAAUUCUAUAAGAAGAAGUAAAGACUUGUAAAGACUUGAAGUGAUACAUUCUGAUGUCAUUAACUCAAAUUAUUAAUCAGGAGCUCCUCUUUUCCCGAGGAGCUGAAAUACUUUAUAAGAGGAAAGUCAUUGACUCUGACACAUCGAAGAUCAUCUCAAAAGAUGAAUCAAGAUUUUGUCUCUGUAUCAACCAGACUGUCAUUUUUCUGCAGUUAUCAAAAACAGCUGUAAAAAUAUAACUGAUUUUUAACGCCAUAUUUCAUUUCCAACAUUUUACGACACAGGAAUCAUAGAAACUUUACAAAUUCUGUCAUAUAAACAUUAAAAGAGUUUUGUCUAGCACCAA